AUGGGUCGUUCGUCAGCUCAAGAGAAAGAUACUCCUCCAUGUGCAGAGAACGUCGACCAUGCUACUCAACUCCCAGACAUUUCAAUUGAUCCAAAUUUGAUAUCAAAGGAUAUUCAGACAUUUUUCGAUGGGUACUCGGGUCCAAGGGAUUGGGAACCUGCCGAAGAGGCCAAGCUUAGGCAUAAGAUUGACCGCAAGCUGCUCAGUAUCCUAUGCUGCACCUAUGCGCUUCAGUAUUAUGAUAAAGCCGUUCUUGGUCAAGCUGCGAUCUUUGGCCUCAAGGAAGAUCUAGCCAUUAACAUCGGUAACCGUUACUCGAUGUCUGCUUCCAUUUUUUAUCUCGGAUUUAUCUGCGGCGCAUAUCCGGCUACUUUCAUAGCUCAGAAAUACAAUAUCCGCUUGGUGGCCGGCGGGAUCUGCGCUAUCUGGGGAGUUUGCAUGACAUGCACAGCGGCCGUCUUCAACUACCGUGGUCUGUAUGCACAGCGCUUCUUUCUCGGACUAAUCGAAGCAGGAGUGCCGCCAAUCUUCAUGCUCUUGGUCGGUGCUUGGUAUACCAAAACAGAGCAGGCUUAUCGGAUGGGGAUAUGGUACAGCUGCACUGGAUUCAUUUCCAUGUUCUCCCCACUGGUCAAUUACGGCAUCGGACAUAUCACGGAUGGUGCUUUGCAGCCUUGGCAAUACAUGUACAUCUUUGCUGGCGGCGUAACCCUUUUGUGGAGUUUGGUUGUGGCAUUUUUACUUCCGUCCGAUCCGUUCAACGCGAAUGGAUUCAGCGACCGUGAGCGAUACAUCGCAUUAGCCCGGGUGCGGCAAAACAAUGCAGGCGUCCGGGACACUACAUUUCGUUUUGACCAGCUUCGAGAAACCAUCACGGAUAUCCGGUUUCUUCUCGUAUGUGUGAUGGCGUUCCUAAUCACCAUCGCCAACGGGCCAGUCUCCUCAUUUGCUCCGAUCAUUAUCAACAGCUUUGGUUUCAAUCCACUCAAUUCCUUGCUCCUAGGAAUGCCGGCGGGGUUCUGGGGUGGUCUGAUCGAAUUGAUUGGACCAUUUGCCGCAUACAAGAUUCCCCAGUCACGCACCAUAAUUAUUGUGGUGGUACAGCUGGGUGUUGUGGCUGCAUGCCUUGUGCUCUUACUCCUGCCGUGGACUAACCGACCAGGUUUGCUUAUUGGGGUUUAUCUUCUGUCUUCGUUUGGCGGUAGCUAUGCCGUACUCAUGGGGUUGCAGUUGGCCAACACAGCUGGCUACACCAAGCGAGUUGUCGUGUCUUCGGGGAUAUAUAUUGCAUACUGUGUCGGAAACUUCAUCGGACCACUCAUAUUUGCCGAAAGCACCGCCCCCAGAUAUCGCCCGGGCUUUAUUAUAACCCUGGUCACAGCUUGUCUUGCAGCAGCUGUUUCCAUGUGGUAUCGGUUAAAUGUCCAAGCGGAAAACAAGCGCCGAGACGCCAGUGGCGUGAGUGAGAGUUAUGAACAAGCUUUUGAUAAUGAUCUAACUGAUCUCACGAAUCCCCACUUUCGUUAUGUUCUGUGA